AUGUCACAAAGUGAAAAGAGGUCCUUGGCAGAUCUGCCAUUGGACGUCCUCAUGGAUAUCUUAUUCUUUCUUCCUUUCCAAGACCUGGAAAAUGUUGGGAAAACAUGCAGAACAUUGCGGAUACUGAGCAACGAGAGCGUGACAUACCGGCGUACUUUAACGGCUCCAAAUGACGCCAAUAGAUGGACCAGGCGAUUGUUGAUGGAUUUCUUGCAGGUCGUGAAUGAAAAGAGGCAGUUGCUGGAGUAUAUUGAUGCGAAGGAAAUUUCCAUCGUCGCUGCUGUUAGUGAGGUACAGAUGAGGUUUGAGCUGGGCUCGCAAGUACCGUUGCUCACGUACCAACACGGGCGAGCUUUACAAGAUCUAUCGGAGGCGAACCAGCGCGCAAAUGCUGACAGUACUGCGAAAGGUUCCUCGGCCAAGGAUGACUUAGCCAAAGAUGACUCACUCGUCUAUCCCAGAACGCAGAGCUCGUCAACCUUGCCGAAAAGCAGUGCACACCAUGAUAGGGAGGGAUUGGCGUACCUAAAAAUCUUGCAAGGCUUUCAUCGAAUCGCAACAAACAGCCAUAAACUACUGAAAAAGCGACACGGGCGCAAGGUUGGAACACCAUCAUCACCACUAUCGUCAUCUUCGUUGGCUCUCUCUCAAAACGGUGGCAGGCCGCAUACCCCCAACAAGAAAGGGCACUUGAACGUCGCCCUUACACCUAUAGAGUUUCAAAAUUAUGCCUCAAGUGCGAGGAGUACCUCCGAAACGGAAAAAGGUGAUAGCGGCUCACCUGAUUCCCUGCAACGUUCACGUUCUCCAAGCUCCAUUUUCUCCGACGUGCCAAAGCUAUCAGACUUAAGUUGGUCUUAUUCUGAUGACCUCAAGGAUUUGGAAGCCAAUAAUACAGACUCGGGAAGUGAUAACAGCACUGACUCGAGCUCCUCAGUUAAGUACCUAAAGGAAUUACAACGGUCAACCAAAGUGAGUGACAAGAAGGAUUUAUUUGAACGACUCAGUACGCGGUUGCAAAAAUCAAACGAGACCCUACCGAUGAAAAAUGAUCUUGGGUUGGAAGACUCUUCUUUUAUUAUGCGGCCAGCAACUAGCAGCGGAAAUUUGUCACAGAGGUCUCUUGAAGACUUCGGUUCUUGUAUUUCUCCGAGUUUGCAUCCUCCCCUUGAACAUUCUAGAAGCUCACAGGGAUACCUUUCUCGAUAUAAGGAGCAUGUAGCGGUGGGUGGUAAUAGCACGUCUAGCGCAACCCGAGCAAAGUCUCAUCAACGCGGACUAAACGCCACUCCUCAUCGACGAACCCUAGUGGCCAAGAUUACGGACAAUAACCGGAUAUGCUACGAAUCACUUUAA